CCUCGUCCCUCGCCUGGCCCCGAGCGCCGCCAACUAUAUCAGCCGCCCGCCCCGUCGGCCCGGCGCAGCGGCGCUCCAUGUACCAAAUGGAUUACUCCUACCUGAACUCCUACGACUCCUGCAUGGCCGCCAUGGAGGCUUCGGCUUACGCCGACUUCAACUCCUGCAGCCAGGCCAACACCUUUCAGUACAACCCCAUCCGCAGCAGCUUCGCCGCCAACCCGACCUGCCAGCCGUUGGGCACGGCCAAUUGCGCCCUGGGCGCACUGCGCGACCACCAGCCCUCGCCCUACUCCACAGUUCCCUACAAGUUCUUCUCAGACCCCUCCACCAUCAACGAGAAAAGGAAGCAGCGGAGGAUCCGGACAACGUUCACCAGCUCACAGCUGAAAGAGCUGGAGAGAGUGUUUGCCGAGACUCACUAUCCAGACAUCUACACCAGGGAAGAGCUGGCCCUCAAAAUAGACCUCACUGAAGCCAGAGUGCAGCCGUUUUCUCCUGAGUCAGACCCUCGUUCUCCCAAGAUCGGCCUUGUCUUCUCUGACCCGUUGAGAAGGGAUUUACUUUUUUGUGCCCUCAGUAACCCAAACAACCUGCAGUCCUUAGGAACUGGCACAGACGAACGAAUAGUUUUCUAG